GUGAUUGCUAAGCUAUCACAAUCAAUAAAAGAUCAUAUCGGGCAGCAUGAGUGUAAAUGCAACCGCUGAGCAAGAGGUUGUAUCGCGCAGCAUGAGUGCAACCGCUGAGCAAGGGCAAGUGAAUUCCUUGCCUAAAAAGGUGGCCAAGCCUUGGUACAAGAAUAAGCGAUGCAUGAUCCCUCUGAUAUUUAUCAUCAUUGCACUUCUAGUCGCUGUAAUCGUCGGAGGAUUGGCGGCCGGUGGCGUGUUUGAUUCAGAAACUAAAUCUCAGGGGCUAUCGGAAGGCGAUUCCAGCAAUGUAGUGCAACUCGAGGAGGAUACAACGACAACCGACCCAGCUAUCGCAGGAGACAGUGGAGAUUCAUCGCAAUCAACCACCAGUACGAAUAGUGAUGGUUCCAUUACAGGUAGUAGUGCUACUGCAGAUAGUGGUUCUUCAACACCCGUGGCCGUAGAUGACGAUCGAUUCAUUGACGGAUAUUUACCUCCUGCCAAGUACACCGCUGAUGAAAUUGCAGAAAUAAAGCCGGAUUGGCAGAUAUUCGAGGACUUGGUGAUUCCUUGGUCCGAGUGGUCUGCGCUGUGUGGUGAUGGCAUCUGUGGUGAAGGUGAAUGGUGCCGCAAUUGCCCACAAGACUGCGAGUGCACUUUCAACUGUGGUAACGGGGUGUGUGAGGAUGGUGAAAAUGGUUGGACGUGCGCCGACGACUGCACACACAUUGCAGCGACCUGCGGCGACGGUGUCUGCCAUGAAGAAGCAUCCUUCGCUACGAAUUCAACUAUCUACCGCUCCGGAUUUGAAUCCCCACUCAUAUGUCCUAUCGAUUGUCCACUGGAGGAUUCCUGUGGAGACGGUGUUUGCUCGGCAACAGAAUCUUGUUUCACUUGCCCUAGCGACUGUGGCGGAAUGUGUGCACCAGUAUGCGGAGACGCUAAAUGUGAUCCAACCGAGGGAUGUGACGACUGUUCUCGCGACUGUGGCGCUUGUAAUACAAUCCUAAAUGACGGUAUCUGCGCAUGGCCACGCGAGACAAUUGUGAAUGCCCCCAACGAUUGCAAAGCAUACAUAGCACCCGGAUUUCAAUUCGUUGAAUACGAAGGCGUACGCUACGCCACCCUCACUGGAGUCAAUCCCUUAGAGGAAACAUUCAACGAUACUUCAUGUGUCAGUAUAGAGACAUUCAUUCCCAACGGAUGGAAGAUGGCAUCGAACAACAAUCGCACCGCUGAAUUGUUGAAGAAAUACUUCUUCGCGACUGGAUGUGCCAUUGUUGAAGGAGGUAUCGCCCUAGCAUCCGCUGGAGAAUUGCAGGAAUACUGUUCCGACCCACCACUCACUACUAAGCUGCACGGGGAUGGCCGUGUCUCCGUUGCUUUCAGUAGGUAUGCACGAGGUCAAGUAGUUCACAACCAAACAUGCACUACUUUUAUUAUGCCAGGCAUAUAA